UCAGAGGUGCAUACAUUUCAAUGAAAUGUGUGGUCUAAGAACACACAUUUUAAAGAUUCAUCUUCAGGACCACUUCACUUGUGCCACUCUGGCUUGACUGAGUGAUGCAAGUGUGGCUCAGUGUGAAAAAUGAAGUGAUGAUUGUACGUGGCUGGGAGCUAAUCAGUGCAGUGACAGCCUCAUUUUGAGCUAAAUCUUCACAAAAGAGUUUCCAUUGGACAUCUACUUCCAGCUGUGAUGUUUAGAGGUCUAUAACUAUAGUUACAAGAUGAUUCGGUGAACAGUUACUAUACAUCAUACAAACAGUUAGAGCCCACAUCAGUUACAACCAAAGUAUUCCAGAACUGGCAAGAACUGUUGUUGCCCUCUAUAUGAUAAAAGCACAAUGAAAGUCCUGGAAGAAAUGUAGUAGACUUUCUAACAUACAGUAGAGUUAUUAUUUUAAUCCUCAAGUCUCUCUGGCUUCAGCAGGUGUUGGACAGGUCAUUGCGAUGAACAUGGGCUUGGAUCACAGGCUUAUCCAGCCUGUAAUCCUACUCCAACCUAAGUGAAACAAAACAGCUGACACUAGUCAAGAUUUCCAAUGUUUAGUUCUCAGUCAACCGUUCACAUCUUCAUGGCGAUGGUUGUCAGGUAGAGGAAGUACAAAGGAGGUUCAGGAUUACAUUACCAAAACAUGUUAAACACAAGAUUUUAGUGCUCAAUUGAUGUAUAGCUGUGGAAUGGAUGUCUCACCAUCAAAAAAUUAUGCAUCAAGUAAAAGCAAUGCAUAUCAAGUUUGAGAGCAUUCUCCCCUAUUGCUUUCCUGCCAUUAUAGCCACCACCAUGACAUAAAGAGCACACCCUACCUCACAUCUUGUUAGGACAUUCUGGACUAGGACUGAGAUGCUGCAUAUUUCCACCAUGUUGACAGACAAAAUUUCCAGAGAGCUGCUCCAAAGACUCAAGUCAAUGACAUACUUGGAACAGGCAGCAGUGCUUUUCAGUCCAUGGGAGUGAUUCAGUUUACUUAAAAUGGAGCCCUAAGGCAGGAGUUUGCGUUGUAAACAUCCACAUACUGUACCAGCAAUUGGACUGGCACUGUACAGUGGACACAACAAUAUCAGGGGACUGCUUUGCUAAAGCUCAGGACAGCCAGGGCACCAUCGUGUGCUCCUAUGUUUCUUUAUAAGGUGAGUGUGAGUGUGUGUAACCGUGGAUCCGUCGUGGAGCCACUCACCGCCCGGGCGAGCAGCAUUUGGCCCGGAGAUGCUACAGACCAACAACUACUCCCUAGUACUGCUGAUCCAGCUGAGCCUGCUCACCUUCGACCUGUUUGUCAACUCCUUUAGCGAGCUGCUGAGGGCAGCGCCUGUUGUCCAGCUCGUGCUCUUCAUUAUCCAAGACAUCUCCAUCCUUUUCAACCUAAUCAUCAUUCUAUUGAUGCUGUUCAACACCUACGUAUUCCAGGUCGGGCUUGUGUCCCUUCUUUUGGAGCGAUUCAGAGCUUUGCUGCUGCUGUCGGCACUCUAUCUAACCUUCAGUAUCUCAUUACACUCAUGGAUCGUGAACCUUCGCUGGCUGAAUUCAAACCGCUAUGUGUGGACUGAUGGUCUCCAAGUGCUGUUUGUGCUCCAAAGAACAGCUUCUGUGUUGUACUAUUACUUCUACAAGCGCACUACAGAGUACCUGGGAGACCCUCGCCUUUAUGAGGACUCGCCCUGGCUGCGAGAGGCCUUUGCCAGGGCCCGCCAGUGAAUGGACAGCAUGUGCAUUGAGAUGAAACUGACAUGAGUAUAGCCAAAUUGGACUUCUCCUUCACACUCAAGAGAUUUUCCCAUUUGCAUUGCCAGAAUGGAUACCACUAAGCUUAAGCCAACACAGGCGAGAGAUGCCAGAUAGUAAGUGAGAGUUAAAGCAGUGUGAGUCACAAUGUGGAAGUCAAAGCAAGCUUGUUCUCAACAAUGCAAUAUCUGCAUCCAUGUGAAUCUACCAGCGGAACAUGGAAUUCAAAAGGAAGAAAUGGAUCAUGAUGUGUUACUAAUAUGAUGUUGUCUGUGAUGCUAACAUUUUGGAACUAUUGUUGUUACCAGCACCACACUCCUCUGUUUGAAAAUGCGAUAAAUACGUUCACUUAUGUUAAAGGUUUUGGGUAAGUGUUAAAGGUUUGCUGUGUAGUUGUUGUUCCCACCAAUUCUACUAUGCAGUACAUACUUUAUAUGAAUUUAACCAAAUUUGCCAACAUGCUCUUUAUUUAUUUCAGGAUGCCUGCACUUUAAAAAGUGAACCCUCCCCCUUAGCUACCAGAAACAAACAAAAGUACAACUCAGACAACGUUUCACAUCCCUCUCACUUGUUUUAAUGCAAAGCACAGUUACAAGCACAAAACUGUUCUUAAAUUCAGUUAUUGUGAGCUUUUUGCUGCUCAAAACAAGCACAACACUGAUACGAAGAACAAAAACAAAAAUGUUCUAUAAUCUAAAAAUGAAUAAUGACAAGUGUGAAAAGUGUUUGCCAGAUUGCCUUGUCUGUGUGGUGGUGUCUGGAAGGCCUUUGUGUUUAUAAGGGCAACAUUUAUGUUUAUAAGGGCAUACUAUUAUUUUAUUUAUUUCAUGUUGUGUGAUUUUGCAUGUUCUGUUUGAUUUUUCUUUUCUUUUGUACAACUGUAAUAAAUGGAAAAAAAAUGUG